AGGAAUGGAAAGUAGAAUUCCAGUAAAUGAAUGACCAAGUUGAACGCUGUCGUGGACCCCCUGCCAUGCUUCUCUUAGCCGCAAGGGGGCGUACACUCCAAGGAACACGCCACUCCAAACUCCGCAAAUAAACGUUUUCAAGGCAAGUGGACGAUCAUAUUUAAAAAACACAAAAAGCUUUCAUUAUCACUGCCGUCUGAAACAUGAGGCAGGACUCGAUCACGAGUCACUCAUCGUCUUCGGAUCGCGCGUGAAAGUCCGACGUUUGACAUAAGACAUUUAGCCCGAAGAGGUGGACUGGACCGAGAAGGUGCUAGUCCGACGUCAUGUUGGACCAGCAGGACUCGGAGGAGGUGAAAACCGGAACAACAAUCAUUGCCAUAGAGUUCGAUGGCGGGGUCGUGCUAGGCUCGGACUCGCGUGUGUCCGCAGGGGAUUCAGUGGUGAACCGGGUGAUGAACAAGCUGUGCCCUCUCCACCAAAAGAUCUACUGUGCUCUGUCGGGUUCUGCGGCGGACGCUCAAGCCAUUGCAGAGCUGCUGCGCUCCCAGCUAUACCUUCACAGUGCGGGGAUAGGGGAGGACCCCAGGGUUGGCGCCGCCGCCACCAUGGUGAAGAACUUCUCGUAUCGCUACAGAGACGAGCUGUCAGCGCAUCUCAUAGUGGCGGGUUGGGACAGAAGAGGCGGCGGGCAGGUGUUUUCCACCCUCAGCGGCGGCCUGAUUCGACAGCCGUUUGCCGUGGGCGGCUCCGGCAGCUCGUACGUGUACGGCUUUGUGGAUGCCGAGUACCGGGCGGGCAUGAGCAGAGCCGCGUGCCAGAAGUUUGUGCUCAACACGCUCGCUCUCGCCAUGAAACGGGAUGGAUUCAGCGGAGGUGUGGCCUAUUUGGUCACCGUCGAUGAACACAGAGCAGAGGAGAAAGUCGUUUUGGGAAACGACUUGCCCACCUUUUUUGAUGGGUGAGCAAUGGCGGCGUCACGCCAUGUGGUUUGGACUGCGGACGUAUGAGAGAUCACCUCAACCUGCAUAACUUCCUGUUGCUGAUGUCAUUAAAGCA